AAAUAAUUUAAAAAUUAAAUUUAAAUUUUUUAAUUUAAUUUUAAAUAAUUCUAAAAUUCAAAAAAUGUCUAAUAAAAUUAAAAAAACAUUAAAACAGCGUUAUGAACCGGCAAAGGAUUUUAAAGGAAAAAUGAUCGAAUUAGUUUAUUGGCGUGACGUGAAAAUUAGCGGUGCUGUGCUUGGUUUCUUAUUGGGGAUUCUUUAUGCUCUCCACAGAUUUACUUUCCAUAUGCUUAUUGUAAUGGUGGCACUGGGAGGAUUGCUUUGUACAAUUAUUUUCCGUGUUGGAAAACAAUUGGAAGGUCAAUUAAGAAAGAAGAAUGACGCUUUAGUUAACCCAUUUCAAUAUUAUUUGGAUUUGGAAGUAACUAUUCCCCAAGAAAAACUUCAUUCCCAGAUGGACAUUUUUGUGGAUAAUUUUGUCAUUCUCUUUAAAAAGUUACGACACAUCUAUUUAGUCGAAAAUCUCGUCGACUCUGUUAAAUUUGCUUUAUUACUUUAUUCUCUCUAUUAUGCUGCUAGCUGGUUUUCUGGUAUUGGUUUGCUUUUGGUAUUUAUUUUGGCAUUGUUUUCUGUGCCAAAGACUUAUGAACUUUACAAGGAGCCUAUUGACCAGUAUAUUAAACUUGCUAAAGACCAAAUUGAUCAUUUUAGCAAAAUCGCCCAUGAAAAGUUGCCAUUUUUGAAGUUGGAAAUUUCUGAGAAAAAAGAAGAAUAA